GCCCUAAUUUAGCCAAGCUGGGAAUCCUCUGGCGCUCUGAGCUCCCUCCCACCUUCAGGGUGUUUGGGCAAAGGCCAUGGCAGGCCCUGAGAGGAGGCCCUGGACGCUGCUGCAGCUGCAAAGAGCUGUUCUUUCGGUGGAAGAGAAAAGGGAGCCUUUGAAAAGCAAGAGCAAUGAAGGCCAGAGCACCGAAAAAGCACCUGGGAAGAAAAAAGGCCUGGAAAGCUAUGAAAAAGAGGCUGAGAAGUGGGGGUGCCCCCAAGCCCUGCCUGAAGCUCCUUUGCCAAGAGAGCGAGUGGUCCCAGCCUCACUGGCCCUUGCGCAGGAGCUGUCCCAAGCGAUGCUGCGGAUGGACAUGGCCCUGGAAAGGGAGUACGCCUUUGACAUCUUUAGCAACUUGAUGCGGAAGCAGCCGUCGUAUGCAUUCCAGGGCUUUGACCUGCCGCGGUCAGUGACAGUGGAGAUGCGAGCCCUUCUGGUGGACUGGCUGGUACAAGUGCAUGACUAUCUGAAUCUGGCUGAUGAGACCCUCCACCUGGCCGUCCAUCUCAUGAACUGCUACAUGAGAGCAGGCCGGGUCAGGAUCACUCACUUGCAGCUCCUCAGCGCCACCUGCCUCUUUCUAGCGUGCAAACUGGAGGAGCACACCUGUCCAGAGCCAGCCCAGCUAUGCUUCAUGAUGGAGAACUCCUGCAGCCGAAAGGACCUCCUGCAAAUGGAACGCAAAAUCCUAGCCCGGCUCAGGUUUGAGCUACACUAUGCCAAUCCCAUCCACCUGUUCCGCCUCCUGGCAGAAGUGGCCCAUUGCACCUUGGAGGUCCAGUUCUUGGCCCUCUAUUUCCUGGAAGCAUCUCUGAUGGAGGUGGACUGCCUGCGCUUUGAGCCUGCUCAGUUGUCCUUUGCGUCUUUGUCUCUGGCACACCGGCUGUCAUGGGAAGCCAGAAUCCAAGACAUGGAUGCGAUUCAGGAAUAUUUUCCAAAGUUCCACGUAUACAGUGAGACCGAGCUGUCGGCUGUCUUCCCGUCCAUGGCCAAGGCAGUUUUGCAGGGCGCCAACGCCUCCCUUCGUGCCAUCUUCCUGAAAUACUCCAGGCCACAGAAGCUUUGUGUCAGCACCAACCCUGCAAUUGCUGCCUCUAAGUUCUUGAGCCGCUUCCUGGGGGAUCCCAUCCAAUGAGGGAGAAGGAUGCCGGGAUGACGUUUGAACUGGGAGUGCAGAAAGGCAUGACUCUAGGCUCAAGAGAGUGUGUGGGACCCCUUCUCUCCUUUUCUUCCUUCAUACAGAAAGUUUUCUCACUUCAUCCUGGUCUGUUUGUCUGUCUAUCCCACCUUCUCUCUGUGGUCUUGAGUCUUGCACAAUCCCCCCCCCCCAUGACUAAAAACAAAAAAAGAGAUUGUAAGCAAAGGGACUUCAUAUGUCUAAUAAAGUGUUUUAUUCUCUUGGAAACACUCUUGCUUCUGAGGUCAGAAAAAUGGGGUGCUUCUCCCUCCCAUGGAGCUGGCGGGACCCAGGAGACAGUUGCAGUGUGGGGCCCAGGCUUCACAGCUCAGGUCCCAGAGGGGCUGGGGGGCUGCUGCUGCUGUGGCUACCAGCUGACCAUGCUGGAGGGCAUCCCAGGCUUUGAAUUCUCCUGCUCCAAUGACAUUCCAAGCAGGUUACAAGCCAUUUUGACAUUCGUUCAUUCAUAGCCAUGA